GGAGAGAAACCAUAUCACUGCUCAGAGUGUGGAAACAGUUUUGCUGAAUUUAGUACCCUUCUAAAACACCAGCGUAUUCACACAGGAGAGAAACCGUAUAACUGCACUGAGUGUGGAAAGAGUUUUAUUCAAAGUAGUGACCUUAAAGUACACCAGCGUCGCAUUCACACUGGAAAGAAACCGUAUCAGUGUUCACAGUGUGGGAAGAGUUUUAAUCAACAGGGUAAUCUCAGAAUACACCAGCGCAUUCACACUGGAGAAAAACCUUAUCAGUGCUCACAGUGUGGAAAGAGUUUUAAUACAAAGAGUGAGCUUAAAAUACACCAGCGCGUUCACACUGGAGAGAAACCGUAUCAGUGCUCACAGUGUGGAAAGGGUUUUAAUCAACAGGGUAAUCUCAGAAUACACCAGCGCAUUCACACUGGAGAGAAACCUUAUCAGUGCUCACAGUGUGGAAAGAGUUUUAAUACAAAGAGUGUGCUUAAAAUACACCAGCGCGUUCACACUGGAGAGAAACCGUAUCAGUGCUCACAGUGUGGAAAGAGUUUUAAUACACAGAGUGAUCUGAAAAGACACCAGCACAUUCACACUGGAGAGAAACCAUAUCAGUGCUCACAGUGUGGAAAGGGUUUUAAUACACAGAGUGAUCUGAAAAGACACCAGCACAUUCACACUGGAGAGAAACCAUAUCAGUGCUCACAGUGUGGAAAGGGUUUUAAUACAAAGAGUGCUCUCAAAACACACAAGCGCAUUCACAGUGGAGAGAAACCGUAUCAGUGCUCACAGUGUGGAAAGGGUUUUAAUCAACAGAAUAAUCUCAAAAAACACCAGCGCAUUCACACUGGAGAGAAACCAUAUCAGUGCUCACAGUGUGAAAAGAGUUUUAAUACAAAGAGUGAGCUCAAAAUACACCAGUGCAUUCACAGUGGAGAGAAACCAUAUCAGUGCUCACAGUGUGAAAAGAGUUUUAAUACAAAGAGUGAGCUUAAAAUACACCAGCGCAUUCACACUGGAGAAAAACCAUAUCAGUGCUCACAGUGUGGAAAGAGUUUUAAUGUACAGAGUCAUCUAAAAAGACACCAGCGCAUUCACACUGGAGAGAAACCAUAUCAGUGCUCACAGUGUGGAAAGAGUUUUAAUCAACAGAGUUAUCUCAAAAAACACAAGCGCAUUCACACUGGAGAGAAACCAUAUCAGUGCUUACAGUGUGGAAAGAGUUUUAAUACAAGGAGUAAGCUUAAAAUACACCAGCACAUUCACACUGGAGAGAAACCAUAUCAGUGCUCACAGUGUGGAAAGAGUUUUAAUAUACAAAGUAAUCUCAAAAAACACCAGCGCAUUCACACUGGAGAGAAACCGUAUCAGUGCUCACAGUGUGAGAGAAGCUUCAAGUGCCUGAGUGCUCUCAAGAUACACCAGCGCAUUCACACUGGAGAGAAACUGCAUCAGUGGUCACAGUCUGGAAAGAGUUUUAAUGGACAGAGUAAUCUCAAAAUAAACCAGCGCAUUAACACUGGAGUGAAAGCGCAUCAGUGCUCACAGUGUGUAAAGAGUUUUAAUAUGAAGAGUGAGCUCAAAAAACACCAGCGCAUUCACACUGGAGAAAACCAUUAUCUGCUUCCGGAAUCAGAUACUAACAGAGUCUGUACUAGAUUGGAGGAAGUACGCAGUGCUUUCAGUACAGAAGUACCAACACCCCUACGUACUACGUCCGCCAUCUUACCAACGUCAAGUAAUGAUGUGAUGAGGUAAUAUCGCCAUGGUUACAGACCCCCAUAGUUACAGACAAGCCCCACUUGCCAAAUUUUUGGAUAUUUAUCGUCUUUUUGUGCUAAUCAUAACGUUAUUUAGGGUUGUACACAAUAAUAACAUUUUUAUUUUGUUUAUCUAAACCGAGGACUCUCCGU